UAUUUACAAUUUAAUUAGGAUUUGCUGUUUAUUAUCACUGUCAAAGUAUCAAGCAAUUUGAUGUUGAUCAAAAUGUAUUUGACAGACUGAAGCAUGUUUCUCGUGUCCUGAUGUUAAUUACUGAGAAUGUACCAGUCCUGCUGCCUGUGGAGUAAAACUGUUGCACACUUUUAUAUGAUCAACUUUAACUGAUGACGGGAGACCAACCCAUAGGAACCGUUUGAAGCAAAUUCCCACCAAACCACUAAAGCAAAGAUGGAUUAGUACCUUCAUCAUAAAGCUGCCAUAUCCAUUUCUACACAUGUAUACUGCCCUCUACUGGAGGAUCUGCAGGUGGUGUGGGCCAGUUUUAUUUCUUUAUUACUCAUAUAUUGUUGCUUAAUUAUAAAAUGAGACAGAUUUUUAUACAAUUGUUAUAUUAAUAGAAAUUGUUUAAAUCAUUUAUAUUAGGUUCAUAUUUCAAGAAUUGAGGGGUUAAGAGUUUAUUUUUUAAAGUAGGUGGGAAAUAAGGCACUAGCAACUUUAUCCAAAUGGAGCUUUAUUACAGGAGAGGAGCAAUAAUCUUCAUUCUCUCAGCAGCAGGAGAACCUUCUUCUACACCUCUGUGAGUACGAGCCCUACACUGCCACCUAGUGGUUCAGUCCAACAGAGUUGUAGUCACUUUUUAUGAUUGGCUUCUGACAACUUUUCAAAAUUCUCUGAACAAUAACAUUCCCUUAUUAGUACAGAAAUCACAUUAAGCUGCUCUUUGUGUUUAGAGGGUUUUAAUCACAAAGUCUACAUUUAGUUUUAAUAACCCAAACUUUAAAAGAAUAGAAACAUGAAGGGAAUAAAUAGAUAAAAAUUUAGGAAAACAAACAAACAAAUAAAGAAGUCCAUGAAUUAUUGAUAAUUUUUUGGAUAGUAUGUAUCUUGAGGUUGUCAAACUUGAAUAUAUGACUCGAGUAGACAUUCUGCAGAUGCUUGAAAUGGGCUGUAGCACCAUGGGUUCUUAACAACAACAAAACAAUUAUUUUGUUUAACUGAUUUCGGAGAUAAAGAGGUGAGUAGUCAGCAUAACUAGUUUCUGUCUUUGUUCCCAGAAGUAAUUCUCCUGUUAAAUUCCAGAGAUUCAUCAGAUCUGGUUAAGAAGGAAGUGGAGAUCUGAUGAUACCUGCUGGAAUCAUUCAGUGUUGCGUCCGUCGCUCCAGGCUUAUUUACCUGGUUUCAUGUAACGAAGGAAGAGUGGUCGGUGGCUGCUUUUAGAGACUGAUCCAGCCAAUGCAGUCCAUUAAGUGUGUGGUGGUGGGGGAUGGGGCUGUGGGUAAAACAUGCCUGCUCAUCAGUUACACCACCAACGCCUUCCCUGGAGAAUACAUCCCUACAGUCUUUGACAACUACUCUGCUAAUGUGAUGGUUGAUGGGAAACCAGUGACCCUGAAUCUGUGGGACACAGCAGGACAGGAGGACUACGACAGACUCAGACCGCUGUCCUACCCACAGACGAAUGUGUUCCUGAUUUGCUUUUCAAUAGUCAGGCCAGCAUCCUUUGAAAAUGUCCGUGCCAAGUGGUAUCCCGAGCUGCAACACCAUUGCAAAGAAGCACCUAUCAUCCUGGUGGGCACCAUGUUGGACAUGAGAGAUGAUGAGGAAGUCAUCCAAAAGCUCAAAGAAGAAAAACAGAGUCCCAUCACAUAUCCUCAGGGCUUGGCCAUGACCAAAGACAUAGGAGCAGUGAAAUACCUGGAGUGCUCAGCUUUGACGCAACGCGGCCUUAAGACAGUGUUUGAUGAAGCCAUCAGGACAGUCCUGAACCCUCUUCCCACAAAAAGCCCAAGGAAAAAGUGCAGUAUACUGUGAUGGAGAGUCACAACUCUGCCCCUCUGAGUCGUCAAGACCUAAACUGGAUAUCUACUGGACACAAUGUGACAUCAGACUCCUGCAGCUGUGCCUAUAUUCCUAAAAUGAACCAUCUUGUUUUAUUUUCACCUCCUUAUCACUACUGAUUCAUUAUCCAUUUGUUUAUGUGAAUCAUUUUUCUCCUUUAAUUUCCUUAACCUUUUUAAUUGAAUUACCAGCGUUUUUGUUUCUCCAGAGUAAAUGAUGUAAAAAGCAAAGUGUUAUCAUAUGUAUUACAUACUUAUGACAUUAUACUUUGGUUUUAGCUGCAUUCGUUUUCAUAAAAGCACAUAAAAUGUUA